AUGGCCACCGGCCUCGUCACUGCGAAGCCAAGCAGAGCCUCUUCCAUCCACGACCUCCCCAUCGAGACGCGACACUACUGGAUGAGAAGGGCCAAUGCUGCGCUCUUCGAGGUCACGGGAAAUCCAUGUCCUACAGAGGCCUUCGGAACCGUCAUUGUGAACCACACAGCAGGCGGGUUGGGGGAGCUCGUCUGCAUCGGAGCCAACGACAUCGAGUCCGGCAACCCAACCCUUCACGGUAAUAACCCCCUCCCCAUGAAGAACAAGAAUGCAGCUCACCACCGAGAGCCAGGAGAAACGGCCGCAAUCAAAAACUGCACCGCCAUCCUCACAGAUCCCCGCGGCGCGUACAAGCUGUCCGGCCACGAGGCCCUCAACGCCUGGGCCGACCUCACCUUGUACACCAACGCGGAGCCAUGCCCCAUGUGCGCGGCGGCAAUUCGCUGGUCCGGCUUCAAAGAGCUCGUCUUCGGCACGACAAUCCGGUCGCUCAGAGCCUACAACUGGGAAAUCAUGACCCUGCCCGCCCGCGACUUGUUCAAGUACACGACCGAGCUGCCGGCGGGGACGACAGCCAUCGCCGGGGGCGUCUUGGCCAACGAGACGGAUCCGUACUUCAAGUGGCAAUACACCAGAGGCACCGGCUGCCCCCCUGGGUGCAAGAGGACGGGCUCCAAGUGUGCGUCGGAGCUUGGUGGCACAGCGAAGCCCGAGCAGCGACAGGCCGCCGGGGUGCAUUGGGCCUGGUUGAGACGAGGCGCAUAG